CAUGGAUAUAAUAUUAAGCCUGACGCCGCCUAUAGCUGCUGUCUCGCUAUUCUUCUAUAUGCGAUAUCAAAGUCGCCUGGCCAAAGAAGACAAUCGACGGAUGUUUUCUAAUUACAAGUCUGAAGAACAAUCGCAUUCGUUAUGGCAAGAGAAAUUUGUAGAUUUCGUACAUCUUUCCUGUUCGCAAACCAACUGGCUACCCGUGUUUAUCAAAGUGUACUUUCUGGGAGUCUUCGAGUGCAUCAUCAACACUAUCCAUAAAUAUAUCUUCGUUAAUGAUCAGGGUAGUAGGAACGACCAGAUCAAAAAUCUAAUUGAGUCAGCACGUGAUAAGCAAAGCCCUACCAAACGUUUAGCAGUUAUUACGGGAGGCGAUACUGGUAUUGGAUGUGAAUUGGCUAAGGCACUAAUGGAAAGUGGUAUGGAUGUGAUUAUAACUGGCAGAUCGGAGAGACCAUUACAACACGCUGUACAGCGAAUUAAAGCGGCUGUCGCUGCUAAUGAAGAUCAAAUAUCUGGUCUGAAGCUUGAGCUAUCAAAUUUUGAAGAAGUCCGGGAGUUCGUCAAAAAACUGAAAAAACUUCUCGACGGCCGCCAAAUAAAUGUCUUCGUCAAUAAUGCCGGAGUUAUGAAUCCGCCCUUCAAAAGAACAGAAGAUGAUUUAGAGCUACAAAGUCAAGUUAAUGCAUUUUCGACUCUCCUUCUUACCUUGAGCAUUCUCCCCCUACUGUCUAAGAGAGACUCAAGAGUCGUCACUACGUCCAGUUCCGUUCUAUACGCUCUCAAUCACAUCAAUAUAUCCAAAUUUCGUGCAUCCUAUGGAUGGGAUGGACUGGCUGCAUAUGCGCAGAGCAAAUUGACUUUAGCACUCCUUACGAAACACUUGGCUGAGCUUGUCCACGAAGUCAACCCCACCAUAUCCAUCAAUUCCUGCCACCCAGGAACAGUUAGAACGUCACUGUUCCAAUAUACCACCAUUUUUACCCUUUCGAUUUUCCGACAUCUGUUCAACUAUAUUAUGCUAUCACCAAGAGAAGGUAUUUUGACCGCACUGCACCUAUGUCUGCAUGAAUCAGCUGGUUCGGUGACGGGCGAACUUUGGUUGAAUCGCCUGCCUCGACCGAUUGGUCUAGUCACUAUUGGCUUAAAUGAUGAAGCCGAAGAGGUCGAAGAGAAGACUGUUUCGCGUUGGUUGUGGAAUACCUCUCUCGACAUUUGCGGUUUGUCAGAAGUAGAAGCCAAAAAGUUGAUAGAUAGUUUGUAAAGUAUGAAUCAUAUCACCCUAUUUUCACCCAAUCCUUUUGCACAUAAAUCGGAUCAAUGUAGAGACCAACUGGUGGACCAAAGAAUGAUAGCCAGGAGAUGAUAUAUGAUAACGCAUUUUCAAUCUGUAGUUGUGCCAUCAAAGCCGAAGUAUCACAGGGAUGGACAUAAAAAAACGGUUGCCCCAAGAUAGGAUGGUCAUGCUGUGAAAUCGCGCCUUGCUGUAUGAGCGAAUUGGUUCUCAGUGCUUCCACAUGAAGUUUGCUGAAGACAUGCUGUUCCAGGUCAUUUCUGCUCAAAAAAGAACCGUCUAAUGUGAUGAAAAAAUUCAGCGAUCAUCCAAAUGU